ACUGUUCAUUUUGUAUCUACCGUUUCCGCAUACCGCAUACUCGCCUACUCUCACGCAUAUACACCCUACACACGCACAAUCCUGUAGGAAAUAUGCAUACGUGUACUGAAGUCUCCCCAUUUGACCUAUUCUGCACAUUAUCUUGGCUAAUUUGUCGAUUUCAAUAUUGAUCCGCUCUGGCAUAGUCUAUUGUCUUUUUUCUUCAAUUAGUUACAGGCUAUUUAGCUUAAUUCCAUUAUUAGCUUAUAUCGAUAAGACUGUAGGUUACAGAGCUGAAUGGGGAGAUGAGAGGACGAGCGUCAGCUGUCAACCAGAGUCAGUCGGCGUUUCUUUCUGUCCGUAAUCGUUUGAGCGUCGGUUUUCGUUUUAUCUGCGCCUACAUUGUAAAGCACUCAAUGUUAAUUCGGGGGAAUAUGUGAACAACAUGCUGGCUGUGUGGUGCUUGGUCUUUGCUGCAGUGGGCGAGAGGCUUGCGGUUUCAGGCAUCUCAGGCGUCUCCCGCGUUGCAGGCGGGGGCAAGUCUUUGGCGCGGGAUGCUAGUGUGUGGGACUGGUUCUCGCCGAAGGAGAGGGGCGACGGCAGCGAGAAUGCGGCCGAAGUCACCUAUCCAAAGCGGCUGUUGCAGCAGAUGGAGUCGGAGGAAGAAAUAGCCCACAGUUAUUUGGAUACGCGAGUACAGAACACAUUGGAAGCCGCCUCGCCAGUCCAUUUGGCCCAGAGUAGUUUCCAGGUGGAAGCCUUUGGAAACACCUUUACCUUGGACCUAGAGUUAAACCACCAUCUCUUAUCUUCAGACUAUGUGGAGCGACACUUUCACCAAGGUGGCAAACCCUCGCAGUCUGUGGGUGGGGAACACUGCUACUACCAGGGCCGGUUGAGGGGCCGACCGGACUCCUGGGCUGCUCUGUCCACCUGCCAUGGCCUCUGUGGGAUGUUUUCUGACGGGAUGUUCUCGUACGGGAUCGAGCCUCUUCCGGACGGGACCAAUCAGACGGAGGGAGGCCAUCUGGUUCGUAGGACGCCCGACAUCAAACUGUCACCAGACUGUCCAGGCUGCACGGGGAGCAAUGGGGCCGCCGGAGGCGGGGUUGAGGCGGAGCAGGAGGAGGGUAACAGGAUCGGGGAGGGGCUGAGGCGCUCUAAGAGGCAGCUGCCUCGCAGGCCCACGGUGCAGUCAGAGACCAAAUACAUCGAGCUGAUGGUGGUCAAUGACUAUGAAAUGUUUGUGCAGCUGCGCCGCUCCACCAGCCAGACUAGGAACUUUGCCAAGGCGGUGGUCAAUAUGGCAGACGCAAUUUAUAAGGAACAGCUGAACACACGCAUUGUGCUGGUCGCCAUGGAGACCUGGUCAUCCACCAACAUGGUUACCGUGGUGGCCGACCCGUUGACGACGCUGCAGAACUUCAUGAAGUACCGGAAGGAGAGCAUCAAGGAGAGAAGUGAUGUGGUGCACCUUUUCUCGGGUCGUACGUUUCAGAGCAGUCGCAGUGGGACAGCCUACACUGCAGGGGUGUGUUCUCCCACCAGAGGAGGGGGCAUCAAUGAGUAUGGGAAUGUGGGUCCAAUGGCCAUUACACUCUGCCAGAGCUUGGGUCAGAACAUCGGGAUGAAGUGGAACAACAUACGCAACUCUGCAGGAGACUGCAGAUGCCCCGACGCUUGGCUUGGUUGUAUCAUGGAAGACACUGGAUAUUACCUGCCCAGGAAGUUCUCUCGCUGCAGUGUUGAUGAGUACACUCAGUUCUUGCUCCAGGGGGGAGGGAGCUGUCUCUUCAACAAGCCCAACAAGCUGCUGGACCCUCCUGAUUGUGGUAACGGCUUUGUGGAGAUGGGGGAGGAGUGUGACUGUGGGUCCCAGGUGGAAUGUGUCCGUAGCGGAGGGGCGUGCUGUAAGAAGUGUACGUUGACCCAUGAUGCUAUGUGCAGUAACGGACUGUGCUGCCGUGGCUGCAAGUACGAGCUGAGAGGAGCCGUGUGCAGAGAGGCCGUGAAUGACUGUGACAUCCCGGAGACCUGCACUGGGGACUCCAGCCAGUGUCCUCAUAAUGUUCACAAGCUGGAUGGAUACAUGUGUGACAGUAGUCAGGGUCGUUGUUAUAGCGGACGGUGCCGGAAUCUCGAUGCCCAGUGUAAAGCCCUUUGGGGCUACAAUGCGGCGGACAGGUUCUGCUAUGAGAAGCUGAAUGCAGAGGGCACAGAGAAGGGAAACUGCGGUCAUGGUUCUGAGGGCAAGGGAUGGCUGCAGUGCAACAAGCCGGACGUGUUGUGUGGGUUCCUGUUCUGUGCCAAUAUGACGGUAAAGCCAAAGUUUGGCGAUCUGCAGGGGGAGGUGACCAGCCUUACUAUCUACCACCAGAACAAGUACCUGGACUGCCGAGGAGGCCACGCCCUGCUGGAGGACGGGUCUGACCUGGGCUACGUUGAGGACGGUACACCUUGUGGCCCGAACAUGAUGUGUCUAGAACGCCGCUGUCUUCCCGUGGCAGCUUUCAACCUCAGCACCUGUCCUGGCUCCACGCCGGUACACACCUGCUCCGACCACGGGACCUGCAGUAAUGAAGUGAACUGUAUAUGUGACAGGGACUACACAGGGAAGGACUGCAGUGUGUUUGACCCAAUCCCCGAUCCCACACCGCCUGUCGGUACCGAGAAGAAAGGUCCCAGUGGAACCAAUAUCAUUAUAGGCUCCAUCGCAGGUGCUAUUCUCCUGGCAGCUAUAGUCCUAGGGGGAACAGGAUGGGGAUUUAAGAAUAUCCGCAGAGGAAGAUCUGGUGGAGGAUAGGAAGUCUGUCCGUCUGUGUGUGUCUGUAUUCUCCUGUCUUCCUCACUGUGUAUCGUUCCCACAUCGGAGAAGAGGGAAAAAUUACAAGUCUUCCACUCCUGUCCUGAGCCUCUUCAACCCUCUUCCGAUAGCAUCUCCUGUCUUGUCCUGUCCACUUCCUGUUUGUCCACUUCCUGUCUGUCUGCCUGUGGAGCACCUCCCACAUUGCAUACCAGCCAAUCAUAUUCCUGUGUGGUUGCUAACAGCCAGCCAAACAGGAUAGUCUUUGCCAUGGCCACGGGUGGGGUGUCAGGUUGUUUCCUCCUGUCCAAUGACCUAAACGUUGUAUGUGCUUAAGUGACUGCAUAGUUCCCUUUCCUUCCGCCUAGGACAGUCCAAUGAAGAACAUAUCAAUGGUCGACCAACUCUGUAUGAGAUGUCUUUCCCAUGCUUGCCUGGAAACAAACUUCUGGCCAUCGUCUGAGAAUGCUGGACUGGCCCAGGCUCGCCAUCUGUCAAACUAUU